ACUUCAAUGCCAUUCGACUUGUACUCGAGCGCGUGUUAGAACUUCCUUGAACAUGAAUUAUUUAAGAGCUCCCUAUUAUAAUGUUCCACUCUAAAUCACAGGCAAAAUAUUCCAGAAUAGUAUCAUCCAUAAAGCUAAGAGGUCGCCGGGCUGUAAGAUAAUGCUCUUAUCGGUUAUCGUUUGGGGGCGGCGCAAAAUCACGAAUUAAAUGUCGUUAAACUUAACUUUUGGAUAUGCAAACAAACUACUGAUACACUUUAUGGCAAUAGCUGGAGGAGAACAGCACCGAACAGAACAGAACGGAGGAACCACAGGCCCAAAUAUUUGCAGAGCCAUAUAGCCAUAAAGCGUGUGACAAAACCAGAGACGAUGACGAUUGCGACUGGGAGUACCGGUACGACGACUACGAGACCCGCGAAGGUCUGUGGGGAAAACAUGUUUAUGCAUAUGAAAGCCGCCGGCCGCCGCGUCCGAUAAAGAGUUGGGGGCCCGCGAGAUUAUGCUGGCCAUCGGGGGAUAUAUAAGCCCGAUCCCGACCAGAACUCAACCACAGUCCAACGAGGCAUUCCAAUCAGCAAACACAAGCAACCAAUACAACCAAUCGAAACCAUGAAUAGAGUGAUUCUCCUAGUGGCUUUGGGUUUGGCCAUCUGCCAUGCAGUGCCGUUGGCAGUGUCCUACGACGAUGACGACGACACGGAGGUGGUGGAGCUGCCGGGAAAUGGAAUUGAGGAGGCGCCACCCGUCCUGGGCAAGGACAUCAUCGAUCUGGCGCCCCUGGGCGCAUCGCUGUUCGGAAAACCAGACCAGGAGCUGACGGCCGUCCUCGUGGGCAACUUCAGUGCGGACUCCGAUCAGGUGAAUCCUGAGGAGCUAGGCAGCUACCUGGAGGGCGACAUGCUCGUGCCCCAGACAGACCUGAUCAUGAAAAAUGGCUUGCCAACCCAGUCCUCCCGCUGGCCCCAGGGCGUGGUUCCCUACGAGAUCCGCGGCGCAUUCAAUGCCCGCGACAGGGCCACCAUCGAGAAUGCCAUCGCUGAGUACCAUCGCCGCACCUGCAUCCGCUUCGUGCAGCGCAGCUCCCAGCGCGACUACAUCUCCAUCGUGAGCGGCAACUCCGGCUGCUGGUCCUCCGUCGGACGCGUUGGCGGCAAGCAGGAGGUGAAUCUCCAGAGUCCCGGAUGCCUCAGCCGCCCCGGAACGGCCAUGCACGAGCUGAUGCACGCCUUGGGAUUCCUGCACGAGCAGAACCGCAUGGAACGCGACGGCUACGUGGCCAUCCAGUACGGUAACGUGCAGUCCUCGGCGAUGAACAACUUCGAGAAGGCCGCCCGCACCGAGGCUUUUGGAGUGCCCUACGACUAUGGCAGUGUGAUGCACUACUCGAAGAACGCCUUCUCCAUCAACGGACAGCCCACCAUUGUACCGAUGCAAUCCAAUGGGGCUGACCAAAUGGGCCAGCGUAAUGGCUUCUCCGACCUGGACAUUCAGAAGCUCAAUCGCAUGUACGACUGUGGAUCGGUGGGUGCUAGUCCCUCCUUCCCAGCCUCGCCUAUCACGGCUCCUGGUGCUGUUCCCGCACCUGCUCCCGCUGCUGGCAGCGGAAAUCCCAUUGUGGACAGCUUCCUCGGCGGCCUCAUCAGCGGCUUGGGUCUGGGAGAGGAGGAGGACCAGAAGCAGGAGUCCACCCAGAAGUAGGAAUGAUCCAAUCUCCAAUGAACCAAAAGAAUCUACUAGAUAUAACGAAUCACCAACGCUCGAAACUAUUUAAAGCAUCCCCCACAUACCAAAAAGCAUCUAUGAAUCUAUCAAUCUUUACCUGAUAUUUAC